AUGGACGUGAGCAUCGCCCCGCUGCGCGCCUGGGACGACUUCUUCCCGGGCUCCGACCGCUUCGCGCGCCCGGACUUCAGGGACGUCUCGAAAUGGAACAACCGUGUGGUCAGCAACCUGCUCUACUACCAGACCAACUACCUGGUGGUGGCCGCCCUGAUGGUCUCCGUCGUGGGGUUCCUGAGCCCCUUCAACAUGAUCCUGGGAGGACUGGUGGUGGUGCUGGUGUUCACGGUCUUCGUGUGGGCGGCCCACAAUAAGGACGUCCUGCGCCGCACCAAGAAGCAGUACCCCACGGCCUUCGUGAUGGUGGUCAUGGUAGCCAGCUACUUCCUCAUCUCCAUGUUCGGGGGAGUCAUGGUCUUCGUGUUCGGGAUCACUUUCCCUCUGCUGCGUAAGUCGGCCCCGGUUUUCCUUCUUUCUUUCUUUUUUAUUUAUUUUUUUUGUGUGUGUGGUGCCGGGGAUGGAACCCAGGGCCUGGGACCCGCGAGGCAGGCACUCGGCCAGCUGAGCUCUGUCCCCAACCCCUGAGUGUCCUUUCUCCCA